UUCCCCUUUCUCAUCCGGCACCUGGGAACCAGCAACGGCGGAGCACAGGCACACAUCCAUUCACACACUAUGGGCAAUUUGGGAACGUCAAUUAACCUAACCUACAUGUCUUUGGACUGUGGGAGGAAACCGGAGUACCCGGAGGAAACCCACCAAGCACGGGAAGAACAUGCAAACUCCAUGCACACAGAGACAGGAAUUGAGCCUGGCCGGGAAUCGAACCCAGACCCUGGAGGGAUCGAGGUGUUGCACACAGAGGUGAUGUCCUGUCUGAAGAAAACGGAGCUGGAGCAUUUCGAUGGACUGUCCCUCAUCUACUGGACACUCAUGGGGCCAUAUGGAUUAGAUCGAGCGGUGCAUUUGAUGCAGUUUUUAGACUGUGAGAACGGAUUAGGUAUCAAAGUCAUCGGUGGUGUGAAAGAAGCGACAGGAGAGGAGUUCGGAGUUUAUGUGAAGCGGAUCUUACCGGGAGGCCUUGCUGCAACUGAUGGACACCUUCAGUCUGGAGACCAGAUCCUGGAAGUGAACGGAGAAAGCCUGAUUGGUGUAACGAGUGAGAGAGCGGUGGAUAUUCUCAGAGCAGCUUCAUCCACAAACCACAUGCGUCUUCUGAUAGCACGAGAUGAGGAAGCUCGGAAAGAAUUUGCCGAGCUGAUGGAGAAGUACGGCUCUAACGGCAGUACUGGUUCCACGAGGAACUCCCCCAUUCAGCACAGCAGAUAUUUAGACAGCACAUCAUCAGGGUCCUCGUCCAGGUCCCAGAGUCCUCUGCUGCUCAGUCCAGCUGGAUCUCAGAGCGUGUAUAAUAACACAGGGCAACUACUACGCUCGAUCAGUCACCCAGGUGAAGGUGUGAUCCAGUUGAUCUCAGUGGUUCGAUCGGGCACUCUGGGUCUCUCAAUCUGCGGAGGUUCUAACAGACCAGAUGGCCCGGCCGUGUUCAUACAGGAAGUGAUGUCAGGAGGAGACUGCCAUCAUGAUGGACGUCUCCGAGCAGGAGAUCAGCUCAUCGCUGUAAACAAGGAGUCGCUGAUCGGGGUCACAAACGAGGAGGCCAAGAGCGCCAUCAACAGAGUAAAACUCAGCCGUGAGCCGAUGGUGGAAAUCGCAUUCAUUCCAGGAAAAGGUCAUCUUCCUUCCAGCACCUCGUUACACAGCGGAGUUCAGCGAGCCGGCGGGAACGGCUUCACCAGGUUAAAGGUGCACGUCACGUCUCCAGAGGUUAGAUCAGAGGACACCGCACCGUGCUCUUCUCCUGACAUCAGUCACGCAGACAUUCACGUCUCAGCUUUAACCACACAGAGCAACGGUGCCGCGUCCAAGCCAAAAGUCUCGCUGGACCCCCACAUACGCCUGAGAACAGAGAAACUCGACCUGGCUCUGUCUUACCUUGGCUUGGACGUCACAGAGGAGAAGAGGAGGAAGAUCAGAGAGAGUUUGUCCGCAGAUUCACAAGGGACGGUGUCUUACGGAGAGUUUGUAGAGGCCACACGUACUGUUUACCAAGAUAAGCUGGAGGAGGCGGGGCUUGCACAGGGAUCAUUCAUGUUCUCCUAUCACGAGGCAGCGAGUUUAAUGGACACAUCUGCCUUCCACUCACCUACGUGUGACUCAGAGUGCAGCUACAGCAGUGAGGAGAUGGAGCAGUUUCAGUCUGAGAUGAGGCAAAUGCCAACUCAGAUGAACCACCUAGAGGGUUCACUGGAGGACACAGAGGACAGUAAAACAUCUCUAGAGGAGGAACUUAAAAAAACAACAGAGAAAUCCAAAACAGCAGUGGAGGAGAUUGAGACAUUGAAGAGCAGCUUUCAGGAAGUUGAGGCUGUUCAGAUGCAGACAGCAAACAGUGCUGAACAGGACUAUGAGGAGGUCAUAAGGCUCCUGGAGGCUGAAAUCAAAGAUCUGAAGGAUCAACUUGCUGCAAAGAAACACAAGAGUCUGCAGAAGACAAAUGAAGACAUGGUGGAGCUGAACAAGAGGCUUUCCACGAUCAACAGUCAACUAAGAAAGUCUGAACUCACCAGGAAACAUCUGGAAAUCUCGAAUAAAAAGCUGCUAGGCUUUGCUCAUAAUGUUCAUAAAGUCCUUACCAGCGGCACAUUGUUUGCGAUGGAGAGCAGGUCGUCCCUGGCAACAACGGACAGUCCCGAAAUCUCCGACUCCACGCACCAGCUCAUCGCUGAGGCCAGAGAGCUCAUGGAGAGGGUGUGCUUACUUUGUGCUGACGAUCAUACGCUACCACAGAUCAGCGAGGGAUCUAUCACUGGACCAAGGUUCGAGUGUGUAGUCGAGGUCAAUCAUCAGCCUCAGUCGUCUUUUACUGGAGUUCAUGAUAAAGAGACUCGACAUCUCUAAAAAAGCUCAAAGAUGAACAAAGAGAGACGCCAAAACACAUCAGUGAGAGAUGUUAUUAUAUUACAAUACGAGGGACGUUCAAGCACAACCGGUACUUAAUGUGAAAUUUCUGGUGAAUGAAGGCUUAAAACCGCGUGAUCUUUAUAGAAGACUUCACGCACAGUUAUGAGACUCCAUGGUUAAGGCCAUAUGUCUGUACACUUGUGAGUUUCAGACGUGAAUCAGAUAGGAACACUUGGAUACGUGCAUUAGUGUAGCAGGGGAUUAUAUAGAGAAAUAAAGGGAGUUUUUACUCUCAUGAAUCAAAAGUCCAGGUUCGACUUGAACAGCCCUCCUACUUUAAACUCAGUUCAUUUCUAAAGUGUGUUACAUUUCUUCAGUCCUUGAUGGGGUUUUAUUACCCUAAUGCAUGAUUCAUCAGUGUAUUUGUUCUGAUAUGUUUGAGGAGAUGUUACACCGUAACUGUAAGCAGGAGCAUUGGGAAGAAUGCAAGUGUCUUCACUGUUACUCAUUUUAAUGUAAAUAUCAGUGUCACACGUGUCACACACAGUGUUUUAAACAACUUACACAGUGUAUUAUGAGCAACAGUACAGUAAUACAAUACAUACACCUAUAUAGCAGGAACAACUCUAUAUGAACACUUUAUUACAAAAAGUUCUUAUUACACUUUACAUUAAGUUUCCCUUAGCGAUCAUUAUUUGCUGUGCUAUAAACGUUAACAAUAGUGAUAAGUAUUACUUAGGUUUUUGAAACGAUAAUGAAAUAAACCUUCAGUUCCUGAUAAUAAGAGUCUCUUGGAGGUUGUCUAUGUGGAAGAGGGUGGAUAGCACUUUCCGUGGAAUGUGUUACGCUGUCACACGAUGAGCAGCAGUUAGAAAAACUUUGCUAACGUUUCUGAGAUGUCUUGGUGCUGUAGUGGUUAGCACUGUGGCCUCGCACCUCCAGGGUCCAGGGUUCGAUUCCUGCCUCAGGUCUGUGUGGAGUUUAUAGUUCUCCCCAUGCUUGGUUAACCCUUCCCGAGUGUACCCCGCCUUGUGCCCUAAGUCUCCUGGGAUAGGUUCCAGGGACCCCUGCAACCUUCUACACAGGAUAAGUGAUAUACAACAGGAAUGAACGCAUAAAUAAUCUUUCUGAUGGUGUGUUAAUGCUUCUAGUUUGUUUAUAUUAGCUAGUGUCGAGAAUAAUGUCCACUACGAGAACCUUAAUGUAAAGUGUUGCCUAAAUUUGUUUUCUAAUAAGUGUGACAUUCUAUCAAAUCUUAAGCUACACAACAUGCAUGUAACAUGCGUUUCUAAUUUAACACAUUUAAAUACCUGAUACUGUGUAACAGUCAUUAUGUGUGCAAUGUACAGUGUGUGAUUGUGUUGGAAAAAUAUUAUUUCUGAUUACACUUGCUUUAAAAAUGCUGUGUAAUCAACAUGCAAUGUAUCUACAGUAUACUGUACAUGUCGCCAAAAUUUA